AUGUCACCCAGCUCUACAAUACUACCCUCCAGAAGAGUCGAGGAGAAGGCUACAUAUGAUGACAAUAUCAGCCAGCUACAAGAGGUUAUCCAAGCUCAUGAGCAGACAAUGGCAGGACAAGCUGCUGUUGUGAAAUAUCUUGAAAAUGAGAAGUCAAAAAGCAGCACUACUCGCAAUAGAGAAUCACACCAGAAAUCCACCAAGAUCCCAGACCCUCCUACUCUCACAGAGGGAAUAGAGCCAGCUUAUGACGAUUGGAGCAUUAAGAUAAAGAUGAAGCUUGAGGCGAACCUUGACCAUUUUCCUACUCCAGCCCUUCAGAUGGGUUAUGUGCAAAGCAGACUAGGUGGCAAAGCCUCCUCUCACAUCAAUCCACGCCUUCGAUCUACUCAGAACAAGUUUCAAACUGUAGAGGAAAUAGUUCAGAGACUCACUGUUGAACUGGAUUACUCAGAAGAGACCCUCAUUGAUGACCUCUGCCAUAAGGUUAAUACGAAGAUGCAGACUGCUUUAAUAGCAGAGAUAAACCCAAGCUCUCUUCAUGCCUUUGCACAAAAGUGCUUACUGAUUGAUCAGAAUAUCCAGCAACUUCAAAUCCAAGACGCUCGCACUGUCCCUCGAGUUAUUCAGCAAGCCUUUAAGCCACAAGACUUUCACAGUAAGGCUAAGCAGCCUACUACAAACCCACCUGCUAGCUUUAGACCACCAAGACUAUAUCGUGCACCACAUCAGAACCCUGCAACUGAGAAGCUAAUGCAGGAAGGCCGCUGCUUCCAUUGCCAGCAAACUGGACACCGAGCUUAUGAAUGUCCUACCAAGAAUGCUCAAGUCCACGAAGUUAGCACUUAUGAUGCUCCACUUUCGGGAAAAGAAUAA